AUGUUCUUUUCACAGAUUGUGUUGUCAAAGAGAGGACCACUUGGAAAGGUCUGGCUGGCUGGUCAUUGGGACAGGAAGUUGACAAAGAGCCAUGUCUUCAAGACAAACAUCCCAAAGUCAAUCAGACACAUAUUACAUCCACAUCUUCCAAUGGCUCUUCGUAUGACAUCACAUUUGUUGCUUGGUGUCGUACGUAUCUUUUCAAAGAAGGUCAAGUUCCUGUUGGAUGAUUGUGGUGAUGCCGUUGCAAGAUUCAAGGGCACAACCAAGAUGAUUGCACCAGGUAUCAACUUGGCAGUGGCCGAAGAAGAGGAGGACCCUCAAACACUCACAACAACAUCAAAGCAAGGAAAUGUCGCACAUCAAAUCGAUGACUAUCUCCGAUCAGUUAUUCUUAAAGAUGGAAGAAUUGAAGACUUGGUAGUUGACAAGUUCUUUGAGUCAAAGAAGUUCCAACAACUAUAUAUGGAGGCCAUGAAGCCUGUACCAGCUCCAUCGGCACCCUCUACACCUGGCCAGAGACAUAUAGAUGAGCCAGGAUUAUCACCAGAGCAGCAAGACACCUCAGUCAUGCAAGAGGACUUGGAGAAGCAGCAGAGGAUCGAUAUCGAGAUCAUGAGAGAGCUGGACAGGAUGGAUGCAGAGCGAAAGGCGCGCCAGGAGGAGUUGCUUCCACAACUGAAGGAGCGCGAGAAUGAUGACUCAUUUAUCAGCUACAAACAAUGGAUCGAGAACUUCCACGAGGAUGAGAUGGUGAUGCGAGGAGCCCAAAGCGUAUCAAUCCACAUCACGCCUCAGCGACAGAGCAUCGAACCAUCUGCCCAGAAGACCGGUCCGCCUGGCACAGGUGAGGAGGGCGACGAUCAAUUCCGUCCCUACUCACCAAGCUCACCCUAUCAGGCGCCGCCAGUCCCUGCCGACGUUUCAAUAGGCCAACAUAUGAGUCCUGGUCUGGAGAUCGAGCCAACAUCAAUGGAGCUUCAGGGUGUGUUCGAUCCAGUCGACUACUACCCUGGUACCAAGUUUGACAUUGACAAGGAUGAUCCCCUUCAGAAAACAGGCAAGGAAAUGGACUUGCCAAUCCCCUUCAUAGGAUCGAGGCCUGAUGAUGAAGAAUGGAUGGAGCAAGGAGGUGACCUUCCUCCUUCCCCGCCCCAACAAGGAGGAGACUAUCCGCCUUCGCCGCCUCCACCAGAUGUCAACCAGGAGCGUCCAGACACAGCUGUCGACUCACAGAAGCCCAGGGGUAUAAUCCCUUUGAUCGAGAUAUCACCACCAGAGCAAGUCCAGCCCAAGACCACCAAAGCAAUGCGCGAGGCACAAACCAGAAGAAUAGGACGUAGGGCACUCAACCGAACCGAUAUAAACCGAUUGCGAAACAAUGCCAACUCCCUGCUGACACAACACCGAACGUUCCCCACGACCAGCGCCGAGUUCCACCUGCAGACCAAGACCCUCUCGGCGCCCGGCCCAAAGUACUCGAUGCUGAUGCCGGUGCGCAGAGUGAUCAAUGAGAGGAUCACCGACCAAUUCAGAGACAUCUUCCACAGAUACAAGGAGGUGCUCGACGAUGACGAUGUCAAGCUCAUGAGCUACCUCAAGGCGGCAAAGGUGCACCAGUCGCUCAAGGAGUUCGAGGGCAUGGGCGUGGACUUUGAUUCAACGAUGAAGGAGUCGCUGGGCAUCCCUCCCGACAUGGAGUUUGACAAGCUGCCACUCAAGGAGCAGGUCAUUCUGUCCAAGGUUACCGAGCAUAUAGAGGAUAAGCUUAACAUUGCACCAAACAAGCGAGCAAAGAUUGACAGCACCAUCACUGAGGAGGAGGAAGCCCAGCUGUUGGGCCAGCUCGAGAAGGAGUUGGACAUGCUCGCGAUGCAUCCAGUGUCACCAGCGAGACGAGACGAUUUAGAGCAUCCAUAUGUCGGCGAUGAUAAGGAGAAUGUGUUUGAGGUUGAUCUAGGUGGUGGUGGUGAUCGAUGGGACGACUACCAGCACAACCCUGUCCUCCCUGAAGAUGAUCUGAGUCCGAUCAAGGGCGAUCUGAGUCCGAUCAAGGGCGACGACGAUGGCAUUCCAUUCAAGACGCCCCAGCAGACGCCAAAGAAGACACCUGGACCAGGAUCAUGGACACCCAGAACAUCAACAAUGCACACCGUUCUCAACAACUACUUCAACACACACAACACCAACUCAAUCAACUUUGAGAGUCUGGUUGCCGACAAACAGACAAGAGUUGCCGUUGCCGGUACCUUUUACGAAAUGCUGGUGCUCAAGACAAAGGGAUUGGUCGAGGUCCACCAAGACGAGGCAUACUCUGACAUCCAAAUCACAAAGACGAGCUCGUUCAAUCAAACAAAGUCCUGGGCAAGGGAACCAAACCAGCAGGAGAAUAUGGAAUAA